AUGGUUCAGUAACUUAAAAAGUCUUUGCUUGAUGUGAUACAAAAAUCUAUUUCAAUAGAGUACUCAGCCUAUUUUACCUACAGAUAAGCUGGUCAUUGGUUUGAUAAGCAUCAUCUCCCAGGAACAUCAUCAUUUUGCUUUAGAUAAGCAGAAGGAGAAUUUUCUCAUGCCAAAUCGCUUGAAGAAUACGUCAUGAAAAGAGGGGACCUAGUAAUUCUUAAUCAACCUAAUAUCAACUAAACAUUGGUCACAGAUAUAUGGAGAACAAAUCAAGAAGUAUUUCAUCAUUUAUUCUAAUUGGAAUAAGAAAAUUACAAAUUAUAUGAGGAGAAUUCAAAAAUAGCAAGGCAAGAAGAGGAUGAAGUCACACUGAGAUUAUUCACAGACAUACUUGAUCAGCAGCUCACAGAAUUAUAGGAGUUUGAAGUAAUAAUGUCUAAGGUCAAAGCAUACAGUGCAGUCCCAGGUCUCUUCUAUCAUUUGGAUCAUGAACUAAGAAAAGCUUGA